UAUGAGACAGCGAGUCUUUAGUGGUAGCUUGCUCGUUUUGGCAGCUUCCGCCAUGGCGUUUUCGGCUACGUCCAACACGUGUUCUUCGGAGGUCUUUUCGGCGGCCGUUGUCGACUCGGUGAAAGACCAAUUUGAAGGCUUUGUCGCUGCUCCAGAAAUUUCCAAGAGAAUGGCUUUGACUUCGUCGAGUAACUUGCUGCAGGCAAACUCCAAAAUGUGGGAAAUCGCGAUUGACAAGACGAGCCAGACUGUUAGUGAGGGUGCCGAACUAUCGAGCAGCGAAAUGGUGGCGCAAAACUCGGGGGAAUCUGGUUCCCUUUGUUUUGUUGUCCGUCGACCCGGGUGAGUAUUGUGCCGCGAGCAUGGAAUGACACUUUCCGUGCUAGCGGCAGAAUAUCCACAGUUCUUGGAUGGCUUUCGCAUGUUCGGAGUGGUCAAGGAAACGGCCGUUGAUGAUGAAGGACUCGCUAACUUUCAACAAAAUCAUUUUCAAUUUCCGUUAUAUCGGGACGAAUCACUGUCCUUUUACAAGGCCUUUGGGAAGCGGAACUUGACUGUUUUCGGACUAUUGAAACUUUUCACGAAUUUUUCCAUGAUGCGCCGAAUGAGUAAAAAAGCUAUCGAAGGUAACAUGGUGGGGGAGGGCAUCGUACAAGGCGGUAUUAUAGUAUUUGGAAAAGACGGAACACCUCGGGCAAUGUACGCCGAGGAGACGGGAAACGAUUUGCCAAUCAAAGAUAUUGUUAUGGCGUUGGCUGCCGUUCGAAACGAGUAG